AUGGCCAACUUUUUACCUCGCCAGCUAAGGAAGCUGGUUUUUCAAGGCACUCGCCCCGAAGAGUUCAUUGUUGCCGAGGUGCAACCACCUGCCGAGCCAGUUCUAAGCAACGCCCAACUGAUACGCCUUCAAUUCGAGAGGGCUACGCGCACUCCUGUCAGCAAAAGAGAAUCUUCGGCGCAAGAAGAACAUGAAGUGCGUCCUUACGGUGCCGUACACGACAUCCAUUCGAAGGAUGGGCUCACGUAUCUCUUUCGCUCCUUUAUGGCACUUGGUGUACUAAUGCCAGAAAAAUAUAAAUUCCUCUAUUGCCUUUAUGCGCUUCUUCCCCUCGGACUCAUAACCUUCUACCUACCCGCCGCUUUCGUGCUAUCCUAUUUCAAGCUGGACUACUCGACCAUCAAGAUCGGCAACUUGCUGACUUCGGUGCAGGUAAGCAUUGCAUCGUUUGUCGGCGCCAUCAAACUAUGUGUAAUGGCAUUCAAGCUGCCUAAAUUGCGCGCUGGCGAAGCUAUAAUGUCUGAGUUGGACGCGCGCUGUAAGGAUGAGGACGAGAUCGAAGUAUUACGCAAAGUCGUACGCCAGGGCAAUCGUUUACUGGUUUAUAUUUUAAUUUGCAAUUUAAUCUAUUCGACAAGCACUUUUUUGGGCGCAACGCUGAAAGGACGGCCGCCCUACGAUAUUUACAAUCCGGUAGUGGAUUGGCGCAAAUCAAAAUGGCAAUUCGUAUGGGCUGCGCUCUGGGAAUUUAUACUCAUGGAUGGAUUGUGUGCCGAGGAGGCUAUAACCGACUCGUAUGCUCCGAUUUAUGUUUGUAUAAUUCGGGCGCACAUGAAGACGCUGCUCAUGCGCUUACAGAAACUUGGCUCUAAUCCGGAACGCUCUCGGGAAGAGAACUAUGAAGACCUUAAGAUGUGCAUAAGGGAUCACAAAUCGCUGCUGAAGUGA